AUGCCUAACUUCACUAGAAUAACAGGAUUCACCCUCACGGGGUUUUCAGACAUCCAGGAGCUACAGACUGUCUGUGGAGUGUCUUUCCUGGUAAUGUACCUAGCAAUCCUGAUGAGUAACUUCCUCAUCAUCACUCUCAUCACUUUAGACAUGAAGCUCCAAACACCCAUGUAUUUCUUCCUGAAGAAUUUGUCCCUUUUUGAUAUCUUCCUUGUGUCUGUCCCAAUCCCAAAUUUCUUUGUAAAUAGCCUAACUCACAACAAUUCCAUUUCUGUUCAGGGUUGUGCCUUCCAGAUACUUUUAAUGACUUCCUUCUCAGCAGGAGAGAUAUUUGUCCUGACUGUCAUGUCCUAUGACCGCUAUAUUGCCAUCUGCUGUCCCCUGCAAUAUGAAGUCAUUAUGAAUAGUGGAAUCUGUGCACUGAUGGUGGUUGUAUCCUGGGUCACUGGGGUACUCUUUGGGACUGUCUACACAACCGGCACAUUUUCCAUGCCUUUCUGUGGCUCCAAUGUGAUUCCACAGUUUUUCUGUGAUGUCCCCUCAUUGCUAAGAAUUUCCUGCUCUGAAACACUUGGUGUAAUUUAUACAAGUAUUGGAAUUGGCAUGUUUCUAUGCAUGUCUUGCUUUAUCUGUGUGGUGAUCUCUUACUUUUACAUUUUCUCCACUGUGUUGAAAAUUCCUACUGCUAAAGGUCAGUCCAAAGCAUUUUCCACUUGCAUUCCCCACCUCACUGUUUUCACUGUUUUUAUAGCUACUGCCUGCUUUGUCUAUUUGAAGCCUCCCUCAGAUGUACCAUCAAUCACAGACAGGCUCUUUUCUGUGCUCUAUACUGUACUACCUCCAGCACUCAAUCCGUUGAUCUACAGCCUGAGGAACAGUGAUGUCAAAUGUGCUCUGAAGAGGUUGCAGCAAAAUCUCUGCCCAAGGAGUUCACUUCAUUUAACACUCCAAAAUAUCUGUCAGUGGUAUAGUGCCUCACAAGUUACAAGCAAGAUGUUUAAUUCUUGA